AAACUUCCAAAAUCUGUCACUUUAGUCCACGACACGGAAGUGAGACUCCACUAGGGACUAGUCCUAACAACAUACAGUAGAUGGACCACACAUUUUACCCUUUUCAACUUUAGUACAUUUUGUUAAUUUUUUUUUUAAUUUAAAGAAGUUUAUUAGUGCUGAUUUUUUGGAUUUUCAAAACUGUCAAGGAUUUUUGUCUGCUAUUUCGAGGUAUACAAUUCAGAAUGGAAAGAUUGCACUGUAUAUUUAGCGUCUGUGUUAUGUGCGGAGUGCUGGCCAGUGUUCAAAGAACUUCUGCAUUUCCUACUGGAUCUCCUGUUUCUGCAUGCAGUGACCUCAUGCCUGUCCACAUAGACGGGGAGCUACAGAAGGGUGCCUCACCCUACAUGAUUAUCCUCAACGACACAGUGUAUGGAUCAGCGGCCAUUCGAGUCUCCAUUACUGCUGUUGGGCCAGCGACCAAAGAGUUUAUGGCCUUUAUGCUACAGGCCAGAAACGAAGCCGGAUCGCCACAGGGCAACUUUGGAGACGUCCCUGUGGCUUCCAAGGCCAUGACGUGCUACAAAGAUGGGGACACACUGACCCACACUGCUGCCUUCAUCAGACAGUCCAUGGAAGUGACCUGGUUCCCGCCUGCCAAUAACGUUGGGAAAAUAACAAUUACAGGUUCUAUAGCGCUAUCCAAGGUAAAAUACUGGGCAGUGGAGUCGGCACCAGUCUCGGGCCGGGGCGCCCAGGAUGCAAGCACGAUUGUUAGAACUUCCUCAGGAAGUGGAACUGUGUCGCAUCUGAGCAGCGCCUGUCUCAUCCUUCUGACAGUGUUCGCCAAGCUGGCCAAUCGUUUUUAGCUUUCCUCAUAGUGGGGAUGAGGGGAGGGGUGGGUUUGGAAGUGUUUUGCCAUGUGAUACGUGUGUGUUAGUUUUAUGUACAGAUAUGACCCGGUCUACUUUAAGUAUAAAAUGUAGUGGAAAGAUUAUGAUCCUUUUUACUUCGGAACGUAGAUGUUACAUACUUUUGUUUCAUAUUUAAUACUUUUUGGAUUUAAAUACUAUUAGAAACAUUAAACAAUAACUUUUUAGAGUGUAAUUUUAUCAACUUCUUUUUAUUCAGUAGAAGAUGACAUUGCCAAAAAACACACAAGACAAAACCUUAGGUUUCAUGUUUUUUACAAUUACUGUUAACGUCGUCCAGAAAUUAUUUAAACUUAAUUAUUAAUAGGUUGUCUGUGAUUUAGUCUCUAGUGGAUUUUUUUUUUAAAGGAAACCUUAGAUUUUGUGCUAUGCAAUGUUAGCUAUGUUAUUAAAGAGAGUGUAAAUUUGUCUGCAGUCAUUCUAUUACAAAAUGCAUAUUUGGGAAAUCUAAAUACAUUCAAAUCUUAUUGUUUUUAGAGUUUAAAGUACAGUGCAUUUUGCUUAACUUUCAUUGAUAUCAAUGGUCUGCAUAUUAUCAGUAAACACAAAAUCUUUUAUUUAACGGUAAACUAAUAUAGUUAAUUGAUCUUUAAAAAAAGGGGUUAAAAUAGGAAGAACAACAACUAUUCUAGACUGGUUUAUCAUUUAUAUGUCUAUUCCAUUUUUUUUAUUACUCCCCUUGUUAAAAAAACUUUCUAUUCAGCCUUAGUUUUAUUUUGUAACUUGUUUUUUUUACCCUUUCAUUAUUGAUUGAAACAAAAGAAUUCUUUGAACUAGUUGUGGUUACUGCCUUACGAUGUCUAAAGGCCCAGGCUUUUUUUUUUUUUUUUGUUCCCCAUAAGAUGCUAAUUAUAUUCUUCCAUCUUAAGAAGCUAAAUUUUGUUUCCACUUAAUGCUUAAUGUGAGUAACACCGUCCAAAACAACAAAAUAAUGACGCGUGUACCAGCGCCGAUAUAAGCUUAAAGUCUAUGCCGAGACAGUGAACUGCCAUUUGAUUGAUGACUGGCUAUUAAAAUGUUUUGAAAUAAAAAGAACAUUGACGAAUUUGAGUUUAUUUUUUCUGAUGUUGUUGGUGUGACAGUUUGAAAAUAUUGAUUCAAUAAAAUAUCGUUACUCUCAA